AAUAAAAACUAAAAUGAAAAAUAGAAUAAAAUAAAAUAAAAAAGUUUGCGGCAUUUCCGUUUUCCCGAUGACGCAACUUCCUGGUAUGAAGCUCAGCGAUUGGUCAAGUGUGUCACUGCCGGGGUGGAAAAAAGAAAACAGUGAAUGGCUUCAAACCUGCCUGAGAUGUGAAAUGUUUCAUCGGCAUUUUGGCAGCUGUAUUCAAUAUUCGACGUGACAUCGACAAGGGCACGGUUGUGAAGGGGAAACGAUGUCGGACGCCGAAAGGUUUCACUGCUCAGAUCAGCUGAAUAAAUUCGAAAGACUGGUUGGCAGGCCGCCGCACGAAGGGCUGCUAGUAGCAGGUCAUCGAAGCCCCCCCGCCCGCAGUGGGCACCGCUGUGUCGCUGACAACACUAACCUCUAUGUGUUUGGAGGUUACAAUCCUGACUAUGAUGAGUCAGGAGGCUCAGAGAACGAAGACUAUCCGCUGUUCCGAGAGCUUUGGAGGUACCACUUCGCCACAGGCUCCUGGCAGCAGAUCAGAACAGAAGGGUACAUGCCAACCGAGCUGGCUUCUAUGUCAGCGGUUUUGCAUGGUAACAACCUCCUGGUGUUUGGCGGAACUGGGAUCCCUUUUGGCGAAAACAACGGCAACGAUGUUCACGUUUGCAACGUCAAGUACAAGCGAUGGUCGCUGCUCAACUGUCGAGGAAAGAAACCCAACAGAAUCUACGGACAGGCGAUGGUCAUCAUCAACGGCUUCCUGUAUGUGUUUGGAGGGACAACAGGUUACAUCUACAGCACAGAUCUGCACAGGCUAGACCUGACGACCAGGGAGUGGAUUCACCUCAAACCCAAUAAUCCCCCGGAUGACCUUCCUGAAGAACGGUAUAGGCAUGAAAUAGCACAUGAUGGACAAAGGAUAUAUAUUCUAGGAGGAGGAACUUCUUGGACUUCUUAUCCUCUGGACAAGGUACAUGCGUACAAUCUGGAAACCAAUUCUUGGGAGGAGAUUACAACUAAACCUCAUGAAAAAAUUGGUUACCCGGCUCCUCGGCGAUGCCAUAGCUGUGUACAAAUACGUGACGAUGUGUUCAUCUGCGGAGGUUACAACGGGGAGGUGAUACUGGCUGACCUGUGGAAGAUCAACCUGCACACCUUUCAGUGGAAUAAACUACCAGCAGAGAUGCCCGAGCCAGCUUACUUUCACUGUGCUGCUGUUACCCCAGCUGGCUGCAUGUACAUCCAUGGCGGUGUGGUGAACAUCCACGAGAACAAAAGAACUGGCUCCCUGUUCAAGAUCUGGCUUUCUGUCCCCAGUUUGCUGGAGUUAUGCUGGGAGAAGCUCAUCAAGGCCUUCCCCCACCUGGCUUUCCUCCCCACCAUGCAGCUGCUCAACCUGGGCCUCACACAGGAGCUCAUCGAACGCUUGAAAUAGGGCACAGUGGAGCAGAACUUUUGAAUCGGGCUGAGAAUGAGGGUUAGGACGGCCCCCCCCACACAAAGUAGCUCCGCCUUAAAACCAAAAAACAGAGGGAUGCCUUUUUUUUUUUUUUUUUUUCCUCCUCCAGUUAAAAAAAGUGGAAUGUUUUAUGAAUUUUACUCUCGUGCCACCAUGUUUCCAAGAGCAUUUGGAGCUAAAAUCUCCCACCAAGUAAUGAAAAACUUGUAUUUUGACUCAUGACUACUCAAAAACUUUUUCUUUUUGAGAAAUCUGCAUCCUAAUUUUACUAUUUUAAUGCAAAGCAAGAAUGUGUAUAUAUAUUUUUCGUGAAGGACUAUAUAACAUUUACAAGGACGUUUUUCUCCUGAGCUGGUAUUGCCAUUUGCACAUUUUUCUCCCACAUAUUUGUAGACAUUUACUUAUUUAAAUAGAUGUUACAUGAAGGAGCAACCACAGCAAUUAUAGAGUGCCAGAUGGGGGAUUUUAUUUGCACAUUGUGGGCUAUUUCACACGGUUUUGCUGAGUCAUCGUGGCAGCUUCUUUUGUUACCUUAAUUAUAGAAAAUCACGAGAACCUCAAACAUUACAAUUGGUUACUAAGAGGGAAUAUUUUUGUCAAAUUAGCCUAUCAUAACUUAUGUUUGAUGCCCAAAACUUAUUUUUUUGUCUUGUAAUAUUUAAAUGUUUUGCAAUUCUCUUUAUCUAGUUUAUAUUAUUGGCUUGAAAAAGUAGGUUCUCAUGAUUUCGCUGUUCAUUUCGAAACAGUCACUGUGAAUAUGGUGCUCUUAAAAGUUUUAAAAUGAAUAAAAGAAAAUAAAUUGUUUCCAGGAUUUUAAGUAGCACGCAUUUCCAAACGUUUCUGUAUACGACUGUGCCUUUUUCACAUUUGUAAAUGGACAUUUUAGAAAUCAAGUUCAUGUUUAGAUUAAUCCUGAAGCUUGUUUCUGAUCAUAUAACCCCUUCAUUUUGGCCCCAAAUGCUUUUCAACUUAAACGGUGCCAAAUACUUUGUUUUAAAGAAAAAAAAAGAAACGUAUGAGUUCGAUGGGAUGUGGUUUGAUGCACACACGGAUCGGCCUGCACUUCAUGUCUUUGUCCUGCCUUCCAAACCACCUUUUUGCAUGACUCCAUUUCCUGCUUUUUAAAUCUCCAAAGGAUUUGGUUUCACAACCUGCAAAAUGUUGUAUAGUAUGCUUGUAUGGAUGUUGUGUUACCAGUUCUGUCAAUAAAAGUGUUGUUUAAUUAGUU